AUUCAGGACUGCUGGCCGCUUUAUUUGCAGGGCUGCCAGGGUCUCUGCAAAUUGCCUCCUUUUCUGCUUCUCCUACCCCUGCUUUCCCCCGGAUUUUUCUUCUCACUGCCCCUUUUCUGUUUUGGCUCCAGACGAUCGUUAAGAAUGCUCAUGUUAAUUCUGGUGUGUUUUGAGAGGCUCCCCUACCCCGUGUUCCAGAAGGGCAGGGAGGCAUGGCAGCGUUAUACUUGACGCGGAUAGCGCUGUGAAGUCCCUUCUGUCCUCUGCAAGAAUACUGACUAUGCAGAAAUUUAUCGAAGCGGAUUAUUAUGAACUAGACUGGUAUUAUGAAGAAUGCUCAGACGUUCUAUGUGCUGAAAGAGUUGGCCAGAUGACUAAGACAUAUAAUGACAUUGAUGCUGUCACGCGCCUUCUUGAGGAGAAAGAGCGGGAUUUAGAAUUGGCUGCUCGGAUUGGCCAGUCGUUGUUGAAGAAGAACAAGACCCUCACCGAGAGGAACGAGCUGCUGGAAGAGCAGGUGGAGCACAUCAGGGAGGAGGUGUCUCAGCUCCGGCACGAGCUGUCCAUGAAGGAUGAGCUGCUUCAGUUCUACACCAGCGCCGCGGAGGAGAGCGAGCCCGAGUCUGCGUGCUCAACCCCGUUGAAGAGGAACGAGUCAUCCUCCUCAGUCCAGAAUUACUUUCACCUGGAUUCUCUUCAGAAGAAGUUGAAGGACCUUGAAGAGGAAAAUGUGGUCCUUCGAUCCGAGGCCUGCCAGCUGAAGACAGAGACCAUCACCUACGAAGAGAAGGAGCAGCAACUGGUCAACGACUGCGUGAAGGAGCUGAGGGACGCCAACGUGCAGAUUGCGAGCAUCUCAGAGGAACUGGCCAAGAAGACCGAAGACGCGGCCCGCCAGCAAGAGGAGAUCACACACCUGCUGUCGCAAAUAGUUGAUUUGCAGAAGAAGGCAAAAGCGUGCGCAGUGGAAAAUGAAGAACUCGUCCAGCAUCUGGGGGCUGCUAAGGAUGCCCAGCGGCAGCUCACGGCCGAGCUGCGUGAGCUGGAGGACAAGUACGCAGAGUGCAUGGAGAUGCUGCACGAGGCGCAGGAGGAGCUCAAGAACCUUCGGAACAAGACCGUGCCCAACGCCACGUCCCGGCGCUACCACUCGCUGGGCCUGUUCCCCAUGGACUCCUUGGCAGCCGAGAUCGAGGGAACAAUGCGCAAGGAGCUGCAGCUAGAAGACCCUGACUCUCCAGACAUCGCUCACCAGAAGCGAGUCUUUGAGACGGUGAGGAACAUCAACCAGGUUGUCAAGCAGAGAUCUCUGACGCCCUCCCCCAUGAACAUCCCCGGUUCCAACCAGUCCUCGGCCAUGAACUCCCUCCUGUCCAGCUGUGUCAGCACCCCCCGGUCCAGCUUCUAUGGCAGCGACGUCGGCAAUGUCAUCCUGGACAACAAGACCAAUAGCAUCAUCCUGGAGGCAGAGUCAGACAGCCUGGGAAACAAGGAGCAGAGUAAGAAGCCGGGCACACCGGGUACCCCGGGCUCCCAUGACCUGGAGACUGCGCUGAGGCGGCUGUCCCUCCGCCGGGAGAAUUACCUCUCCGAGAGGAGGUUCUUUGAGGAGGAGCAGGAGAGGAAGCUCAGGGAGCUGGCCGAGAAGGGCGAGCUGCCCAGCGGCUCGCUCACGCCCACCGAGAGCAUCAUGUCCCUGGGCACCCACUCCCGCCUCUCCGAGUUCACCGGCUUCUCUGGCAUGUCCUUCAGCAGCCGCUCCUACCUGCCUGAGAAACUCCAGAUCGUGAAGCCGCUGGAAGGUUCUGCCACCCUUCACCACUGGCAGCAGUUGGCCCAGCCUCACCUCGGGGGCAUCCUGGACCCCCGGCCCGGUGUGGUCACCAAGGGCUUCCGGACGCUGGACGUUGACCUGGACGAAGUAUACUGCCUUAACGACUUUGAAGAAGACGACACAGGUGACCACAUUUCCCUCCCGGGCCUAGCUACCUCCACGCCAGCGCAGCACUCAGAGACCUCAGGUGAGAGGUCCCGAGCACACGUGACUGUCUCAGGCAGCAGAAGUUACCAGAGCCGGCCUCAGGCCUUCCCAGAAGAGAUGCAGGAGCCGCCAGCGGCCACGGAGGAGGAGGAGGAGGAGGAGGAGGAGGGGUCUGGUGAGGGCACCGAGAUAAGUCCUGUAAACCUGGCACCUUUACCGGAGGCAGAGUUCUGGGCCAUUCUCACCUCUGUUCCGAGCACCAUCCAUAGUGGCUCUCUGUCUGUAGCUUCCGCUCGUCUGUGUGGGUGAUGAUUAAAGCAUUCCCAUUGUGCACUCCUGGUUCUUAACACAGAGUCUGAUGCCUCCUUUUGUAACCAAUGGGUGAAGCUCCCCACCCACCUUGGAGGUACAUGGCCCAGUGGGGCUCUUGACCCGGGAGCAGGAAAGGCUGCUAAAAAGAAGUGGAUUACCCCCACCCCUUGCCCCCCAGAAUAUCAGCUCCCCUCCUCCUGUUCGGGGUCUCUCCCCGUGUCUAAGGGGCAGAUUCUCGAGUCCUCUGGUGAUUUCCAAACUGAGCUGAGCUGCACUGGGCGGUUUCAGGGGAAACAAUGAGUUCCCGUCCAUUCAGAAGGUGGACGCGGGAAUCUGUCACCUACACGCCACAUUAAAGUAGGCGGAAGCCCAGGAAGUGGUCAGCAUUUUAAACAACACUGGAUCAGCCAAAUUUUUUACUUUUCUAACUUGAGUGAAGGUAUUUUUUACUUUUCUAACUUUGAAGCUCACGCAUUUGUUCAAAGUAGGUUUUUAAAAAAAAAUGUUUUAGCAGGACUCCUUAACCAAACCAACCCUAAGAGACUAUCAGGACGCUCUUCCAGAGACAGGACUCUAGAUGAAUCUGGAAAAGAGCUCUGGCUGGUAUCUCCUCUAACACCCCCCCACACACACACACACUGUCCCAAUGAACAUUAAAAAUGUGACCAUGAGUUGACAGAACUACCCACAUCCACCGGAUGCCACCUACCAGAUGCCACCGGAUUGACAAGCUUUGUGCUCAGGGCCCUAGAUUACGGGGGUCACGUGGUUAGUAUUUGCCAGAACUCCUAGACCUACUGGCUGCUUGUGCCAAGAAGAUAAGGAAGUUCUUAUAGAAUAAAGGGAGAGCUCCAAAGAAAGAUGUCUUCAUCUUCAUCAUAUUCCCGAGUCUCCAAGUUUGAACACAGGAUGCUCGCUCGUGUUUGUGAUUCAUGAUUUUCAUCCAUGAAAGCCGCAACACUCCCCCUAUACAGUACAAGGUAGAAAAGAGCUGAGGUUCUUGGUGGCGUCUCCCAUCCCCUGGCUAAGUUCAGACCUCUAUGGCCAAGGGCCUUUAUGUGUGACCAGCUGUUCUUUUUGUUUUGACAUCAACUUUAGAAGUAUCAUCAAGUAAAAAGGAUUUGCUUAGCAUAUAGGUUUAUUUAGGGUUUAUUUUAUUUAGCAAUUAAGUGACCAGAGAAACUUGCAAGGGAAUGAGAAUGCUUGUGACUUAGUGUCGUCACAUUUAAGAAAGGGAAGCCUAUGGUAUGGUUGCCUCCCUUUUGAUCAGCCCCAGUACCCAUCUGGAAUGCAGACAACGGUUCAGGAAACACAGUGUGUACUUAUUUUUUGUGGCUGACGGGGUAGAAAUCGUGUCCAGUGUGAUGACCCCCCCUCCCUGCAGCCCUCCCUGUGGGGUAGGAAGGUGAAGGGUUUCAGGCAGCACCACUAGGUGUGUCUUCGGGAAGUUGUACAGAAGGAAUAAAGCUCAUCAAGUCAACUAAAAACUUCUCUCGGGGGACAGAGGGAGAGAGGGGGCCAGUUAUGAGCACCUAAGUUUUCUUCCGUUAACGAAGACAAAGUUAUCGCUUCGUCCCUCCUUACUCAUACCUACAGCAAAUCCAUCCCAGCAACGUUGAGGAGAGGCACACACACAAAUUUGCAGUGGAAACUGUAGAGGGGUCAGGUUGGAAGUGUGCAGUCAGAAAGAAUGAUGUAGAUUGCUGAAGGUAAUUUAGGAAAAGUCUGAUUGUUUAGAUAAGCGUGCUCCGGAGUUUGCUUCCUGGGUUAAGACUCAUGUAAAAUUCAGUGCAGAGGGGAAAGGUGUGAACAAUGAUUUGGCUCUUUUUUUCUCUAUUGGGAAUGACAGGACCAUUUUGAUUCUUGGCAUAUAAAAAGCAUGGCGCUCUAAAUAAGUAAUCCCAGAGGCCCGAGUGGCACUAGGCACACGAUCUUGGAGUCACAGGUAGACAGACCGCCUUCAGCAGGAAGGGCCUGGGGUAUCCUCGGUCUUGACACUUGUAUCCGGGCUGGUCUGCUCCCUGCCCUGGUCCGCCCUCGAUGCUUGGGUUUUUCUAUUGCCAAAACCCACAAUCCCAGGAGCUGCCAUCUGCUGGGAAGACUGAGUAGGGAGAAAUUUUGGAGACAGAAGGUGACUCGUCUUUUUUCUUGCAACUGGUAUGAUGGGAGGAAAUUGGGGAGAGUUGAAUAUUAGGCACUUGUGUCUAGAGCCAGCUGUCUCAUGGAGAAAAAGUUUUGAGUGCGUACUGAGAAAAAUUUAUUAAUAUAUUUUAAUGUAUUGUUGUAUCAUCAUUUGCUGAUUUUUAUAAUCAAUCCCAUGUCUUGAAAAGGAUGAAUCCUUGUUUUCACAUUUGUAAAUAAUUUAGAUGAUUAAAAUGGAUUGUUUAAAACAA